CAAAAUGUUGUCCCUUUCUGGCAGGUACCAAACUUGCAAAAGACCAAAGGCUCGAUCUUGCGCUCCCUGGUAUAUUGGGCCUUCCGGCCCAUCUUACAUAGGCUACGCGACGUACUUCACGAUUAACGUUUGAGAUGCCCAUCGUGAUGCCAGACAGCCACAGUUGAACGUCGACUCCUCCUAAAAAGCGUGCUCAGGUAUCGAAUCUCGACGUCUCCAAGGGAUUACAACAUAUUUGUCUCUACAUAUGCCCAUUCCUGACAUUUACACAUCGUCUGUGUCCCUUUCGCGUGAAUAUGGGCGGAAGAUCAGGCGCUCAUGCGACGCCCAAAGAUAAUGGAUCUGCUUUACGUCGGCCCAAGGCGCCAGUGGCAUGUGUGGUGUGCAAGUCUCGCAGGAUCAGGUGCUCAGGUACUGCGCCUUGUCAAGCUUGCAUUGCGCUGAACACGGAGUGUAUCAUUGACGAGACGCUGGACGGUCGACGGAAGGUGGCUCUCACCCGCAAAUUGGACGAGCUCAUUCACCACAAAUGGAUCUUGGAAGGCUUGCUGAUCUGUCUGCGAUACUCGAGAGGGUCUGCCAUGAUUGACUUAUUGGAAAGAGUCAAUGCCGAUGUACCUCUCAGAUCCCUAGCAGCGGCAGUCUCUGCCGACCUCGCGAAGGCCGAGCUUCAGCCAGAGAUGCAACUCAGGGCUUCUGAGAUCAGGCAAGAGAUUGCUUCGUACAUCGUCGGGGUGGUCCAAACCGAAAACGACGUCCUGCUAAGACCAUCAAUGCACUCUGGCGCUUCGGACAUGCUGAAAUAUGAGAUGCACUCACCGGACGGAACUUCUGCUUUCGUGGGACUACCGGGUAUCACUACUGCGCCUUACCUAAAUCCCAAUAACGCAGACCAGAGAUUGCCCAACUUACACGAAAGAUCAGAUGACUUUUACCUGGGAUCUGUUGUUGACUUGUCGGACGGCCGAGGUGUGUCAACAAUGGGCCAGUUAGAGAUUGAUGUCGCUUCCUACCGACAAGGUAUGGGGCUCGAAGAUAUCUUACAACUUUUGAGAGUAGGUCAGUCUCCACCUGUUCGGCGAACGAGCUACGACACGAGUAAGCAUAUCUCAUUGCCAUCACGACAAGGACAGCAUUACUGACACUUGCCAGGUCAGAGCACGGAUCAAGAAUCGGAGAGCGGACUGUUGACCAGUCUUGCAUCGGAUCUCGAUCUGCACGUUUCCAAACCUCACACUAUGGAUCGUCUCACCUUACACACAGAACUAGUUCCGGAAAUGACCCCAAAGAGCCGCAAAAGACCACUGUCAACAUCAAACACGGCGCCCAGCCGUGCAGCACCGCCUACUCCGAGUUCGACACAAAGCUUUUCUUCCCAACUACCUGCAAAUGGAGCCAGCUCUCGCAGACUUUCGACUGCCUCUUCAAAUGUCUGUGUCAGUUAUGAGCAGUCGCCGGAGAUGGACGGGGGCUUUCAACAUUGGUCGGAGCUAGCCCAGCC